AUGCGACUCGCCAAGUCGACGAUAGGACUCCGGGACGGGUAUGGCGACCGGGGACGCGUGAAGCGGGAGAGGAUGCUGCCGCGCCUGGAGACGGAGGGGCUGUUUGGGGAGGAGGGGUAUCCGACGACGAGCUCCCGGAGCGAGCACACGAAGACUGCGGAUGAGCCGCGGACGCCGAGUCCGUCGAUGCGGGCGACUCCGGCGGUGCGGAUCGUUGCGCCGGAGACUCCGGGCGAGGCCAGUCCGCCGCCGCUCCGCCGGCGCCGGCUCUCCCACAAGCUCUCGAUCAGGUCCUUCCGCCAGUGGCUCAGCCUCCAGCGCCGGGCGCCCGCGAGCAGCACGGGCGCACCGCCCGAGCCCGAGCCCGCCCAGCUGCUCGCCAGGAUCCCCGACAGCCCCCGCGCGAAGCCCAGGCCCAGGCCCAGGCCCAGCAGCAACACUGCCCCCAGCCUCAGCCCGACCAUCCUCAGCAGCCGCUCCGCCGAAUCCACCAAGCCCACGCCCAGCAACCACCCCCGCCAGAGCCUGGGCCCCAAGCAGUCCUUCGUCUGGUUCAGCCCUCCGCCGCCUGCCUCGACCUUCACCCCUCGUCAGCCGACCAAGCAUCCCUCCCUCCCAGCACUCUCUGCGGCCCACCACCCCCUCCGCUCGCUGGCCUCGGUUCCCUACCUCAAGAGCACCAGCACGAACAGCCAGCAGCUGCUCAGCCUGCCCGUCUGCUCGACCCGCUUCGGCGUCCCCUGCCUCAUCGACAUGGCCUCCAGCCCCCCCUCCCCCCUCCCCCAAGCGCCCCCCGCCCUGGCCGACGUGCCCCCCCACCCACCCCCGCCCAAGCCGCCUUCCUCCCUCCCCGACGACAUCGCCCCCACCCCACCACCCCCCGUCAGGCUGCCCGUGCCCGCCGAGAAGAAGAGCGUGUUCGGCAAGCUGUUCGAGCGCCGCAGUGAUAUUAGGUCGGUCGGCAACGGCGGCAGCACCAGCACCGAAGGCAGCGGCAACGAGAGCGAAUCGGGCCCGGCUAUGAUGAACAACGGCAAAGUGAGUCGCAAGCCAAGCGGGAAAGCACCCAACAGCCACGAGCCUGCCCCAGCCACCGGCGGCCUCCAUCCGCCCGAGAACAUCUCGGCCCGGCUCAUGGCUCUCCAGGGCUCGCUCGACUCGACACAUCUCGACGGCAAGCAGAAAGCGACGAGCGAACGGAGCGGCGAGGAGAAGACCUUCGGCGGCUCGUCCAAGCUCCGGGAGAUGGUCGGCGGCAAGCUCGGCCGGAAGCCCUCCUCCUCCAAGGGCGGGCGGAGCGAGGACGGGAAGAGCGAGGAUGGCGAGAACCGGAGCCGGGCCGGCAGCCAGGCCACCACCUCCCUCCUCAAGAAGUACGGCGUCUGCGAGAAGGCGGCGAUCGGCAAGGGCGCGACGGCCGUCGUCCGGCUCGCGCACAAGUGGGAUCGUGGGACCGACAAGCUCUAUGCGGUCAAGGAGUUCCGCAAACGGAGAAAGAACGAGAGUGAGAAGGAACACCAUGAGAAUAUCGUGGAGACUGUCGAUCUUGUCCAGGAUGAGAACCAGCACUGGUGUGAGGUGAUGGAGUACUGCCCCGGGGGGGACUUGUAUGCGGCCAUCAAGCGGGGCUCGAUGAAGCAGCCGGAGAUCAACUCGUACUUCAAGCAGAUCCUCAACGGGAUCGCCUAUCUCCACCAGAUGGGCGUCGCCCACCGGGACAUCAAGCCCGAGAACCUGCUCCUCGACGGCAAGGGCCGGAUCAAGAUCACCGACUUUGGCGUGUCGGACGUCUUCCGGAUGUGCUGGGAGAAGACGACGCAUCUGAGCAAGGGGCUCUGCGGCUCGGAACCCUAUCUGCCCAAGGAGAUCUUUGAGCGGAAGGAGUAUGAUGCCCGGCUGGUGGAUGUGUGGUCGUGUGGGAUCGUGUACUACUGCUGCUGCAUCCAGGAGCUCCCGUGGCGGGUGGCGAAGAAGAGCGACCCGAGCUUCAUGAGCUUCUUCGACUCCUACGACUCCUCGCUCACCCCCACCCCGCUCAUCAACCUCAUCAAGGACUCGCGGAAGAUCAUCAAGAAGAUGCUCAAGCCCGAGCCCGAAGGCCGCGUGCAGAUCGACGAGGUCCUGAACGACGACUGGGUCGCCGGGCUGCAGGUCUUGGCCGUCUAG